GCAGAUUUUCAGUGCGUUCGAGUCGUCAGGCAAACAGUACUACGGAAGCGUCAAAUUAGGUAGCUGGCUAGGCUAGAAUGGAAACGUCGAACUUAUCAUGUUUGUUUGACCGCUGAGAUGACCAACUGCAGUACAACACAUUUCAAGAAGCUUGGCUAGUUUGAGAAGGGUGCAAUUGUGACAUUUGCAUAUCUUUGAUUAGCAUCGAAUAGUUGAAAGUGCACGUCUGACAGCUGAGAGGCGACUGGAGGAACUAUCUGAAACAAACCAUUUUGACGUGUACCAAUGGAUAUCAUCAUCACUGGUAUUUCACUAUAGCAAGUUAUGCUAGGUUUAAAGUAAAUGACUUCAUUUUAGAAGAGUUGAACUGUCAAACCUUUGCCGCAUUUGUGAAUUGCCUCAGGAUGCGUUUCAAUGAGAAGGAACUAAUCUCGUUAAGUCGCCAACCAUCUGAGAGGGCGGCAGAACUUGGGAUGCGAGGACCGAAGAAAGGAGAUGUUGUAAAAAAGAAGUUAGUGAAGCUGGUGGUUAAUUUCCUGUUCUACUUUCGAACUGAUGAGGAGGAGCCUCAGGGUGCCUUGUUGCUGGAGCAGUGUCGUGUGGAAAGGGAGGACAGCCUAGUCUUCUCUAUUGCUUUCCUAGAUGAAGCAGAGCGGAAGUACUUGUUUGAGUGUGACUCCCAGGAGCAGUGUCAGGAGUGGGUUGACUCGAUCAUCAAAGCCAGUUACGAGUUCAUGAGAAAGAACCUGAUAUUCUAUCGCACAGAGAUCCACCGGCUGACCGGAAAGGACCCUCUGGAGCAGUAUGGCAUCGAAGAUGAGACUCGUUUCCAGGUCACCAGUGGCCUACAGCCUGUGCAGAAAGACAAUUAAUAUGUACUGUAGACCCAUCAAACAUUGAACCACUCAUCCAUACUGUGCCCACCAUUCCACGAUUCAGAGAGGUAAAAUGGAAAAUACUUACCAAUUUGAAUCCUAAGCUUAAUUUUCUGUUUCUAUGUAAAUUGUAUGUUGUUAUGAUAAGGCCUCCCUUAUCCAUGUACUGUAAUCUGCUUCACUCUCUGUUGUCUGGGCACAAAUAACAUGUCCCAGAGGCUGGUCUUCAGAGGUGUCAUUGUUAUUAUAGACUGCAGCCUACUGUACUUCAAACCUUUACCCUUCAGCCUUCUGUCAAAUGCUGUUUAUUCAGUUAUUUCAUUCAACGAGAUAGCGGAAUGUAUGAAUCUCAUUUUCUAUACAUAUGUAGAUAUGUUGUCAUUUAUUUUAUUUUUUACUAUGGUUUUGUAGUUUGAGAUGCAAUAUUCUUAGUACAGUGUGAUGACUGUGAGCUGUCAGUGAAUGUACAAUGUGCAAAGAGGUUUUGGACGUCUUGAGACUUCUUUCCCAGUGGAAGAAACUGAAAUUAUGUCGGCUGUGCCAUUAUCCAACCCACUGCUCAUUUCCCUUUUAAUGUCCCUAUAGCACUUUGCAGAACACAGUAGAGCAGCACAUUUUCAGCGAGAGACUUGAAUGUCAUGUGUUAGUCAGAUUGGCAAUACCUUUUAUGAUGACCACUAUUUCACAGAAGUUGGAUCGUAUUACUGUUAUUAUUCUUUAUGAUAGUUUUGCACAUCUUUGUUUAUAGGGACGUUUGAUUUUGGUUGUGGUGAGUCUAUAUCUGUCAAAUCCUGUUUCUUUUUUUACAAUUGCACUUGUCUACCUUCUAACUAACAGUGGGUAUGAUGAAUAUUCACCCAUCUACACAAAAUAUUUAAUUGUCAAAUAGAAAGUGACUGUGAGUUAUAUAAAAAAAGGAAUAAAAUAUAGUUAUUAUGUAUGUGGUUAUUAUAUAAGUAUUCACCCCAUUUGAGUUCUGGAGCACAAUUUGGCAUAAACAUCCCUUUUCUGUAGGGCAAAUCACAUGUAGGGCAAAUCCUUGGAAUCCUGUCUCCCACUUUGUAUGAAAUUAUGGCGGUUUACAUUUUUCUAAAAUAUUACACUUUUUCUGUCUCCCAUAUGUACAGCAUCCGUAAGAUACUUCAGUCAAGUAUUGAAUUUCAACCAAAACCAUUAAGACUUAGAGCUCUGAUUGUAGCCAAAUUUGUUAAGAAUGUAUUUAAUCUGGGGAGAAUAUUUAUUUAAUCAAGUUAUUUGUUUUAUUUCUUAUUAUAAAGAAAAUAAAUUAUAUAUAGACAUUUUCUUCUACUUGACAAUACAGAUUAUUUUGUGGAGAUCACAAAUCCUUCUUAAUCAUAGUUUGUAAUGCAACAAAAUGUGAAAAAAUCCAAAAGGGGUGAAUAAUCAUGUCCAUUGUAGUUUCCUAUUUAGUAAAGUGUGGAACCUAACUUUUGAGGACCAUUUUGAGUUUCUAUUUAAAUCUACAAUAUAAUCAACUAUCAGUUUGAGUCGGAAUGGAGAAGCUGUGGCGCUAAACUGGGAACAAUUCAUGUUCCUUUUCUCCAUAUCAGCAUUUUCUCAACACUGCAACACUGCGUUCAAAGACAUUGCAGUAAUGGAUGUGCAGUAUUUCUUUCCAACAAUGAGAAUGUUUUGAUAAAAUCUGGUAUUUACUGUAUGUUGAAUGUUUCUGCUGUGUUACUUUGGCACAGUUCCAUGUGAUUAACCUACUGCCUUAUUAUGCUUUUACUUCAGGUAACACAAUUUACUUUUCUCAUCUGUCCAUACUACCAAGUAUGUGAUGCUAUUACUUGUACUUUUUAAAUUACUAUUAUUAAAGUCAGAUCACCUUUAAUCACC